CUCAAUAUCAUUUUGUCGCUUCAGAUUCCUGUAUUUACUUUUGGUGGUGUUUGUAGUUUUGAGAAAACUCUGUUCUUGCAAUGGCGGAAGAAAAUGCAGGAAAGCAUCAAGAUCGCGGGCUGUUCGGCUUGUUUGGGAAGAAGAAAGAAGAGGAGACACAUCAGCAGCAUGUCAGUGCUGUGGGUCCACACGUGGCGGGUGUGACCCCGCAUGAGCAGGGACACGUAGGCGAGGCUCACCCUGUGCCGGUGUCUCAUGGCCACGUGGAGGAGGGCAAGCUCCAUGGCGAAGGUGAGGAGAAGAAACAGGAAGGGGGCCUCAUGGCAAAGCUGCAUCGAUCUAACAGCUCUUCUUCCAGCUCUUCUAGCGAUGAGGAAGAAGAUAAAGCUUCAGGAGAAGAAAGAGGAAGACCACGGUCAUGGCAAGACUGAAGAAGAGGGAUAGAAGAAGGGGUUGAUGGAAAAGAUCAAAGAGAAGCUUCCUGGACACAACAAAGAGUUAGAAAAAGAGCAUUGAAGAGCAUCUGGCUUUUUUGGUUCCAGUUUCAUUUUAUAUUAAGUUGUGUUUGAACUAUACUAUGGACUAUAUGUAUUCUGUGUUUUUCUAUAUAUAAUAAGGAAUGUAAUGGUGUUAGUGUUUUUCA